UCCUGCCAAAACGCACCGUUUCGGGGUUUUCUAUUGGGAAAGCGCCUCUCUUCGACUCUUAAACCCUAUUUGAGUGAGGCCUUACAAUGGAAGAAGGAGAAGAAAGAAAGGAAGGGGUGGUGAGGGAAGGAGUAGCAUCAAUAGCACUGUUGCCAUGUGGGUCCCUUUCAGGCCACUUCGUCCAACUUCCCCAUUCCAUCUGCUUUGGCCUUCAUGGCACUGAGUUGGCAUGUGAAAGAGAAUGCAGCAGGGGCGAGGAUUACCGCUUGAUCAAGCUCACAAUCACAGACUUUAGUAGUAAGAGAGAACAAACUGUCAUAGUAGAGUGCAGAGGCCAUGAUGCUGCUCGGUUCCACAGCAUCGAUCGUGCUCAUGGGUGGGAGAUGGAUGUUGUGGGUAUGGUUGAGCAGAAGCAUGGGAAGAACAAGAUUGUGGUUUCUUUUGAGUGUGAGACACUGAAAGCUGAUAAAGCAGCAGAAGACCAUAUUAGACAGUUCAUGCCAAAAUUAGCAGGGCUAGAUGCUGUUGUUAACAUUGGGCGGAUGAGCAUCACAGGAUUGGACUUGGAAGCAGCGGAGACAGAUGACACGGAGACUGCAAAUUAGUUGCACAACUACACUGAAAGAAGAUUUGAAAAAUGCAUGCAUUUUUGUUUAAAUCUCUUCUUGCAUUUCCUUCCGUGCUAAUUGUAAGCAGCUUGGAUGUUUUUAUGUCGCCAUCAUUCAUCCACUACCCAUUUUUGUAUAAAUUUGCCCUGUAAAAUGGGUACUCUUUCAUCUUCGAAAAUCAUAGCCGAACUUUCUUAUAACCUAAGCAAAAGUGGUUGUGUUGACGGCUAAAUUUAUAUAGAUUCACCAUUAUGGUUUAUCAUGCUUA